UUGAGAAAAAAACGAAAUGUUUUGUUCAAACUGCGGCCAUGGUAGAGAAGCAGAAGCACCAUCAAAUUUUUGUGCAAACUGUGGAGCAGAUUUGCACAGCGAUGAAAGCUCAGGAUCAGAUUUAGAACAUUCCGAAGCUGUUUUUGAUGAAGAAAGUCUUAUUAAGUACUAUUACCACCGUGGAUUCGCAUAUAAAGAGAUACUAAAAUUUCUAGAAAAACACCAUAACCAUUGCAUAAGUUAUUGUACACUUCUGAGAAGGCUUCAACACUAUGGACUUAGGAGAAAACAGCAAGUGACUGACAACACUAUAAAUUUAGUCAGAGAAAGGAUUUCAACUAUCAUUGAUGGUCCAGGUUCAUCAGAAGGAUAUAGAUCUUUGUGGCACAGACUGGAACUUGAAGGAUUAAGAGUACCAAGGGCAGUUGUUGCAGCUAUUCUUAAAGAAUUGGACCCACAAGGCACCGAACUGCGAAAAUCUCACCGCCUAAAAAGGAGGGUGUAUAGAAACCCAGGCCCAAACUAUGCAUGGCACAUCGAUGGCUAUGACAAACUAAAAGUAUGGGGAUUCCCCAUCCAUGGAUGCAUAGAUGGAUACAGUAGACGAAUAUUAUGGCUAUCAGUCCUUCGAUCAAACAACCUACCGGAUGGUCCGGCAUCACUAUACCUAACUACAGUAAGUUCCUUGGGUGGAUGCCCAGUGGAGUUAAUCAGUGACCUGGGGACAGAAAAUGGUAUGGCAGGAGCAAUGCAAAGCUUUUUUCGAGAUAACAUUGAUGCACAUCGCUAUGUUACAUCACAAAGGAACCAACGCAUUGAAUGUUGGUGGUCGUUCUUGUCUAAACAACAAAUGCAAUGGUGGAGAAGCUUUUUUGCAGAUCUAGAAUCUCAAGGUAUAUUAAAUUCGUCUAGUGAAAUAAGUAUGGAAUGUCUUUGGUACUGUUUCUCACCUGCCAUUCAAAUUGAAUUAGAUACUGUCGUAGAAAACUGGAAUUCUCAUUAUAUUAGAAAAUCUCGACAUGACACUGUAAAUGGACGGCCGGACUCUCUCUUUUUUCUUCCUGAGCAUCAUGGCACAGUUGAUAGACUUGUGCCGGUGUCUGAGGAAAAGAUCCAAUAUGCUUCCACGCAUGUGAUUGAGGAGGUUCAAACACAUGAACUUCAAGACUAUUUUGAGUAUGUCAGGUUGAGCCUGGGUUGCCGUGUACCUGAUUCAUGGCAAACAGCUUUGGACUUAUAUAAUUCCUUACUUGAAAUUGCUGAACAUGGAACAGAAUAAAAUUUUGCUAUGGUUUUUUAAAAAACUGUAUAUGCUAAAUGUACCAUGCACAUUUAUAAAUAUAAGUUGUUGAUAAUUGCCUUUUUAGAUUAGUUUUACUUUUAAGGUAAUUUAAUUAAAGCCAGUGCUUAAUCAAAAGUGCAAAUGGCAUGCAACUGGAUGUUUACUUGACUAUUAGAGUAAAUUUCACACGUCAUGACCCCAAAUAAGUAAUUUUAACCUUUUUUUUUUACCAAGAUUUGUAAUUUUCCAGGAACAACUUCCUUGAAUAUGCACAAAUUACUUGUUGAGGUGGCUCCCUACAAUUUUUAAAAAUAUUGAAAACUUGUGGUUUUGAUGUAAAAUUUUAGCACG